AUGAGGCCGACCAGAUUAGCCAGCCAAGUCAAUGAUAUAGUGAUAACGGCAAAGAACAUGUGCGGUAGAACUGUAAUGUAUCGAGUAGUCGAAGCUGUUGGGGGAGGAUGUUGCAGGACUAUGUAGUUCUCUCCUGAGAUCGUAGCUAUCGAGCAGGUUGAACGUUUCCUGUAUUGAGCAGAUCGUGGAGGUGAACUUCGAGUGGUGAUGUCACCAUCGGAAUCGAACACAGCUCUCUUGGCUCGUUCACGUUGAGCCAGUUGUCUAGCAUCUAAUGGCUGUGGAGGGCAGAUCACUUUGUUGAGCUUUCUCUCGUUCACUAUCGCCGAGGUUUUUCGGCUAGUUGGGGCUGUCCGUGGACUUGAGGUAGACACUUUCUGCUGAUACUGCCUCGGAGUCACUUUCAGUCCUUCUUCAGCUCGGACCAUCCGCAUAAGUUCAUUCAUGGACAAAUGAUUGUUGCAAUGGUCUCGAGACGUUCUGGCCGUGGUAAACUCUUCCGGCAUAUCAAUGAUGACUUGUUUUGGAGAAACCGGAUUGCAUGGGUGAGUGGCGCAAACCACUCGUCCAUUGACUGCCACUUUUGGAACGGUCAGCAUAUUAUUCCCAUUUAAGGCAAUGGAGAAGGCGGAUUUCGGAUCUACUUUUUAUGGUCCCCUGUUCGAGGAAAUGCUAUCUUUCUGCUCAAUAAAAGCAAACCUCCGCAAAGUAGUCGAAGAUACUCAAAAAGAAGAAAGAGGGGCAUGA